AAUCUGCGUGCAUUCCUAAGAGAAUUACGACCCUCGUACAAGUCAGUCGUCUCGAACUUACUCCACUGGUUGCCCUCUCAGUGAAAUAUUCUUAUCUCAGUGAAAUAGUGCUGUAUUUUCGCUAUAUCUGUAUUAAUAAUAAACGAACAUAUAAAGUAUGUUAAUUCUUCUGCUUGACCUCGUCACACCUUGAUUUAAGGAUUCUGUUCCACUUUUGAUAUUGUAUUUGAAGAAAUAAAAACUGGAUGUCAAUAAUACCAACAUGCAAGUUGUGAACUUUAUAGCACCAUUGAUAUUAUUUGCUGGAAUACAAUGUUCAUCAUUUGACGAUGGAAAAUAUUAUCCUAAGAAAUAUGGUAAUGAUGAUGGAAAAUAUUAUAGACCAUUAAGUGAAGGAAAAUAUAUACCUGGCGAUGAAGGAAAAUACACAUAUGUUUAUAAACAAGGAUUGUAUCCUGAUUACCCUUAUAUUCAUAUAGUAGGCCCUGAUGGUGGAACUGGUGGUAAUGGGGGCUUUGGAGGUAAUGGAGGUUUUGGAGGAAAUGGUCCUGAUGGUCCAGACGGUCCGGACAGACCCGGCAAAAUAGAAUAUAUUGGGCGCAAAAUAUAUGCUGAAAGAUAUCCUUAUCUUCACAGAAUAAUAAAAGCACUAAUAGAUAAAUAUAUCUCAUUCGAUAACCUCUACGGUGAAACUCCAGAAGGAAGUGUAAAUCAUUAUUUGAAGACUAUUUUUGGUAAAGACAGUGCUGUUAAAUGUCAAUAUUUGGAUACUAAACGAAAGAAUGAUGAAUACAAAAUUGAGUACAAUCCUCACAUGUUCUCCGAAAAUGAGAACAAACCUGGGUAUUUUUAUAGUUUCAGAGGUACAAAAAUUCUGAAAAACGUUACUCAAUUUGCCGACGCUCUUUAUAAAAGUAAUAUCAAAUUUCAAUACGAGAUAUUUAUACGAAUUGUGGAUGAACCAAUUCAAUAAAUAAAUCCCUAUUCCUUAAUUAUAUUAAAACAAACAA